CAGUGGAAGCUCGGGUACCAAGCUCGUAAGCGCGGUGGAGGUGGUGACCGUAGUCCCGUGGCGACGUGGUACGAGUACCGUGGACACGACCUGGUCCUGGCUCCCACAAAAAUGACGUAGUUAAAAUAUCAAGGAUUCAACUCACGGCAAAACAUUUCUUUCCCUUCAAAGAUAUUCUCAUCCUUCUUCAUCACCCUAUUUUCUCUUGGUUUCUCCAACGGUGAGAGAAAACAGCACAGCACAAUGGGUCUCGCAUCGAAAAUGGCCGCGGCGCAAGGCGGUGCUGGUGCCUACGGAGCUCCUCAACCCCCAUACCCAGGUGGACCGGCUGGUGGACAGCCUCCAUACCCUGGGGGACCAGCUGGUGGACAGCCUCCAUAUCCUGGGGGACCAGCUGGUGGGCAGCCUCCAUAUCCUGGGGGACAGCCUCCAUAUCCCGGCGGAGGUGCCCCGGCGUACCAAGCUUAUCCAGGAGCGGGUCCUCCUCAGGGCCAAUACGGACAACAACAAGCAUAUGGUGCCCCUCCUCCACAACAGGGUGGGCAGAAGCCAGCCCACCAGGCACAGACGAACCCGCAAGCCUACCGCGGGCUUCUCCAAGCAACAAUCCAGGAGAAGAAUAUCCAGGGCUUCUUCACGAACCCAGCCACUCUCGACCAGAUAUGCGAGGCUGCGCCUGGAAAGGUGCAGCACUUGGUUCAAACAUGGAAGGUUGAGCCGGAGGUUGGCCAGGAUAUCGUCAAGCUUGCCUUGUUCGAUAUUGUCCUUUACAUCGAUGACAGUGGAUCCAUGCAAUUCGAAGAAAACGGUGAGCGCAUCCAAGAUCUCAAGCUCAUCCUCUCCAAGGUCGCCUUCGCCGCCUCCCUCUUCGACUCCGACGGUAUCGAAGUCCGCUUCAUGAACAGCGACAUGCAAGGCAACAACAUCCGCAACGAAGCCGAAGUCGAGCAGCUCAUCUCCCGCGUCCAGUUCAAGGGCCUCACACCCAUGGGCACCCAGCUCCGCAACAAAGUUCUCGAGCCCCUCGUCAUCCAAAAAGUCCGCUCCAACCAGCUCCGCAAGCCCGUCCUCGUCAUCACAAUCACGGAUGGUCAGCCCGCCGGUGAAGCCUCCACCGCAGUCUUCGACGCCAUCCGCUACACCUCCGGGGAGCUGACGCGCUCGCCAUACGGCAAGGGCGCUGUGAGCUACCAGUUCGCGCAAGUCGGAAACGACCUCAAAGCGCGCGAGUUCCUGGGUAAGCUCGACCACGAGCCCGGAAUCGGCGAGCUCGUCGACUCCACCUCCAACUUCGAGGUCGAGCAGGACGAGAUGUCGCGCGCGAAUCCACCAGUCGACUUAACCCCCGAUCUGUGGCUGUGCAAGCUCCUCCUCGGCGCCAUCGAUUCGAGCUACGAUACCAAGGAUGAGAAAUCCAACAGGCCCGCUGGCGGACAGCAGGCGUAUGGAGCACCACAAGGUCAAUAUGGCGCCCCACCCCAGGGACAGGGUCAAUACGGCGCUCCUCCACCAGGCCAGUACGGUGCUCCCCCGCCCGGCCAGUACGGCCAGCAGCCCCCAUACCCUCCUCAGGGACAGGGGCAGUACGGUCAACAACCUCCUCAGGGACAGGGACAGCAACCACCUUAUGGGCAGCAGCAGGGGCAGUAUGGUGCGCCCCAGGGUGGACAGCAGGGAUACCCGCCGCCACCGCAGGGGCAGUAUGGACAGCAGCAGUAUGGUGCCCAGGGGGGAUAUCCGCCGCAGGGACAGGCGCCGCAUAAGCCUCCUAAGUACUAAACAUCCCCGCGUUGUGAUGGUGGGAUAGUCGAAGUCGGGAGAUGGUGGAUUGUGGUUUCUACAUAACUCUAGCAAUGAAGUAAGCUUUGGCGAGAUUUUACGUCUGAUGAAUUUGCCGUUUUCAUGAGUACUCGCUGGCUUUUUAUCGAGGGUGGAUGGAUUUUGAUAUUAAUGUGACAAUGAUGUGUUUUAUGCCCCAUUCCUCCCAUCCUCCCAUCCAUCUCGUGAUAUCCCCAGCUUAUUCUCUGCAAUACGUCAUUCCCAUUCCCAAACACCACCCAAAAAAACAGAGUAUAAGUAUGUACGCCCACCCUCCAUAGGCUUGCUUUUCCCUCCUCCCGCUAUGCUGAUAUCCCCCCGUGUAUGCGACGCUAAUAGUUGAUAGUUGAUAGUCGUAGUAAAUUGACGUCCCUCGCCGUCGCUAACAAAAAAAAAGUGUAAUAGUACAGACAAAAGAACAAACAUCGUAUGUUAUAGUUGUGUGUCGUCGCGUCGCCUCUCAACUCCUCCCCCCCUUCCCCUCCUAAAAAACUUGAUAAUCGAACUAAACCUCCGAUUCUCCUUCUCCUUAUCCUUCUUCGCCACGGGUGGCGGCGGCGGCGUCUUCUUCCCCUCACUCUCCCCACCCCUCCUCCCAAU